AUGUUAGACACAGCAGCGUUAUUGCAUGAUACAGUCGAAGACACUGAUACAACAAUGGAAGAACUUGAACAAGUUUUUGGCUCUCGAAUUACAUGUAUUGUUAACGAGUUAACCGAUGACAAAUCUCUUCAGAAACACGAACGUAAACAAUUACAAAUUCAAAACGCUAAAAGUCUAAGUCACGACGCUAUAUUGGUUCGUUUAGCUGAUAAAAUUUAUAACUUAAGAGAUUUGAACCGAGUAACGCCCGCUGGCUGGUCUGAAGAACGAGUACAAGAAUAUUUUCAAUGGUCAUCAAAAAUAGCAAAGCAAAUAAUGGGUGUGAAUGAUAAACUUGAUGCUAUAGUGAAAGAUCUAUUAUCAAAAAGGAAAUGUGACAUCUGA